AUGUCUGCAGGUGAGCAUAUUCUAUCUAAGUAUCAUUCGAUUCAUUUUCACUUUCCACCGGCGGGUUAUAAUGUAGAUUUAGUUACGGAAGAUAAGUCCUCUGGGUCAUCUCCCAGCAACGGUCAUGCUGAGAAAGUUUCAGCCAGACCUGUCUGGGAUGAUGAAGAUGAAGAUGAAGAGUCUACACGUGGCCCUGACCUAGCUUCAUCCGAGCCGGAAUGGGUAUUGAAACGUCGUCGUCUAUUAGCGUCAACAGGGGAUCGCAGUGUUGAUGAUGACGCUGUGACUGACACUUCUACCCUUACCGGCCGGUUGACAAAGGUCAAACCUGGUCGUCGUACAUCAGGUGUACGUUUUCUUAUUGAGCGCCAAACCGAUUCGCGACACAAAAUCACAGUCUCGUAA